AUGGAAACGGCAAGGAUGGUACUGAACAUGUUCUUCGAUUAUUUUUUACAUAUAGGAUCUGUAAAUGGAUUGUAUGUUGGUCCGAAGUUUGGCAAUGUCAAAAAGAUUGAUCUCUGCUUUCCUGAGUUAAAGUUUGCACAUCUUGAAAGAUUUCUGGUUGGCAUGUUCGAGAAUUUAAAGAGCACUAAGCUUGAGUUUUUGUGUGUUUCCAAUAGAAACGGGUCAAAGGAGACCCUCGAUUUAGACAGACUUCCCGUUUCAUUGAAAUGUUUGUGGGUGUGCUAUCUUCUGGCAACUGUAUAUGAGCAAAGCUUGAAAUCACCUUCGGUACCACGAUUGGAACGCAUUAACUUUUAUGAUGUUUCCGUCGAGGAGAACGCAGUAUCGAGAGUUUCUAAAUUCAUCGCAGAGCAACUAAAGGCCAAUACCAAGGCAUUUGAGUGGCAACCUUACUUUCAUUUGGAGACUUUGGAUGCCACGGAACUAGUUUCGCAUGCACUAAUGGAUGUCGCUUCGACCCCGCUCACGCACUGUUGUAUCACACGACGGCUACCAGCAAGAAGCCUUCAUUGGCUGCCAUUUCAGCAUUUGAAGAGAUUAGAUAUAAUUGAUUUGGUGUACGACACUCUGCUUAUCUGGCUGUUUCCUAUGGGCUUGGAAGAAUUAAUAAUUUCCGGGGGGCUAUUUACAGAAUUUACUCCUUUUGAAGAUGCUUUGCCUCCAGAGUUGAAACAUAUAGAAAUUAACAACUUAAAAUGGAGAGCUAAUCUGCCGGCUCUUAAACUUUUACGACUUGAGAAGUUGCAGUACCUUAAAUUGUUAUGUAUGACCCCUGGAGAGAAUAUCGAGCAAUUUGUGUUUCCUGACUCUGUGAAAGAGUUACACUUUACGGAAAAUCCUGUUGGCUCAUUUGAUGGUGCCGUGUUUCCCAAGAGUUUGUUGUCGUUGAAUAUAUCAUCCUCUGAGUUAACUUCAGUGGAUAAUGUGUUGUUCCCGCAAUGUUUGGUCUCAUUGGAUAUUGCGUGCAACCGGCUGAAUUCUGUCGAUACGGUUAAUUUCCCACGAAACUUGGAAGAGCUCGACCUAGACCAUAACGAAUUGAAAUCAGUUUGCAAAAUCAAGCUUCCAAGUACUAUAAAAGUUAUUUCGUUGAACGGUAAUAAGUUGGAAAAGGUUGAUUUAUCGACAAAUUUCGAAGGCCAAGCUCUAAAUCUAGACAAAUUAGGGCUACAGGGGAAUAUUUCAUUGAUCGUUGAUAACCUAAAACUUCCACCUACUUUGAAGUGCUUGAGUCUCGAUGGUUGCAAUUUGAAAAGUUUGGAUGGUAUUCAAUUUCCAGUUACAAUUGAAGAAUUGGAUCUUUCAGAGAACAGCCUCACAUUUUUUGAUGCCACAAUCAUGAAGGAUUGUAAUUUGAAGAAGCUUAAUUUGAGUCUGAAUGAGUUUCAAUUUAUGGAUGUUAAUCUUCCGCCAUCAAUAAAAGUAUUGAGUCUUGGUGAUAACAAACUUGAAAUGGUUCCCACUUGUAUCAACGGUCUUGUAAACUUGAUACAUUUGGAUUUAUCCGAAAAUCUGAUACGGAUGGCUAAUGGCAAACUCAAAUCCAAAAAGCUAGAGUAUAUGAGUUUGGAGGGGAAUAACAUUGAAGCACUUUGGCUCGAGUUCGAACAAGUUUGUGAUUAUGGAUUACCAGCAAUCAAUUUGCAAAGGAAUGCGCACCUUGUGAGGGAUAUUUAUAUGCAGCGUGUGGGAGAAAGGGUGAUUUUGUAUACUAAAGGGAUGAUUGGUCAAAGUGUGGUAAACAACCCGGUUAUCAUCACCUUGGAGCAACUCGUGGGAAAUUCAGCCAUAAAAAGGGAGUUGUUUUGCCUAAAGUAA